UUUGGCCGUGACGUCAGGGGGGCUGGUCGUGCGCGUGGAGAGCUCCAGUCAGUCCCGCGAGCGCAGUCAGUCAGUCAGUCAGCUCGUGUGUGCAGCUGACCCGCGCGUUCAAUAGACUAGAUUCCCAGCCACGUAAGUAAGAUGAUGAUGAUGAAGGUGGUGUCUUGUUGCUAAAACAAGGGAUAGGCCCGGGGAGAGCGUCGGCCGUCCCUUCUAGCCUUUGUCCAAAUCAGAUCCAUCCGCCGGAGAUCGUCGGAGUUUAGUUGCUCGCGAGGAGAAGGACAUCCACUUCCCAGGCGUAACAAAAGGCGGCUCGCGACCUGGAGGAAAUUUUUCCUAGCCAUAUUUGGUAGAUGCAUGGACAUGACUCGCGUGGAGGCCCGCUUGAAAGCACACGGAGCAUCCUCUCAGGAUAUUUGAACACAGCUGGCACUUUUUGCCAAAAAAUCUAUUCUUUACCUGCUGCACGCCGAGCUGCACUGCAUCGACCGUGACGUCACAACCUUUACAUUAUACCGCGCCGAUACAUUAAUUUCUAGCUCUAAUCAUAAAACCGUGCUUUUCUUUGAGUGCACAGUGGUCAUAGAGGUCACAAUUCGUGCAUGCACGUCAUUGCAUUUGUGCUCAAAUGACGCCACAUUGUCAUUGCAAUUAACGCACAUGCAUACGGUCAUCAGUGUGAGCAUUAAAGUCAAGGGGAAUCGCCGCUGCCUUCAUGCCCAGUGUUAAAUAGAGGACGUCUGUCAUUCACUUCCACCUCCCCUCUGAGACCGUCUAAACCCUCCUGAUCUGGACGAACCUCCUCCUAUACUCAUGAACAUACAGAGAUCCAGUCCCAUUAACAUUUCGCGUUAUGGGAGAUCGAGGUAUAAAGCACACGACUUUGAGGAGCUGUCUUGUCUAAGGACUACAGAAUCCAGCCAGAGUUUUAGUCCCAAUUUAGGAUCUCCCAGCCCCCCUGAGACCCCUGACUCCUCUCACUGCAUUUCUUGCAUUGGAAAUUACCUUUUGUUGGAGCCCAUUGAGGGAGACCACGUCUUCAGAGCCACCCACCUGCACAGUGGGGAAGAGCUCGUGUGCAAGGUGUUUGAUAUCAGUCGAUACCAGGAGUCCUUGGCUGCUUACUUUGUUCUGGGCACCAAUGAGCACAUUAACCAGAUAGUGGAGAUUCUUCUGGGGGAUACACGAGCGUACGUGUUCUUCGAGAGGAGCCAUGGUGACAUGCACUCUUUCGUUCGCACUUGCAAGAAGCUGCGAGAGGAAGAGGCUGCCAGACUUUUCCAUCAGGUAGCAUCAGCGGUGGCGCACUGCCACGACAACGGCCUGGUCCUAAGAGACCUCAAGCUGAGGAAGUUCGUCUUUAAGAACGAGGACAGGAGCCUUGUAAAAUUGGAGAGUUUGGAGGAUACGUACCUCCUAGAAGGCGGUGACGAUUCUCUCUCGGACAAACACGGCUGUCCAGCCUACGUCAGCCCAGAAAUUCUCAAUGCAAAUGGCAGCUAUUCGGGUAAGGCAGCGGAUGUUUGGAGCCUAGGCGUGAUGCUCUACACCAUUCUGGUGGGCCGCUAUCCGUUCCACGACGUGGAGCCUAGCUCUCUGUUUAGCAAGAUCCGUCGCGGCCAGUUCAGCAUCCCCGAGACGCUAACGCCCAAGGCGCGAUGCCUCAUCCGUAGCAUCCUGCGACGAGAACCUGCAGAACGCCUCACCUCCCGAGAGAUCCUGGACCAUCCCUGGUUCUCGGCCUCCAGCGGUCCAGCCAUCGCCAACCACGGAAGAGGAGAACGCGAGUUGGACCAAAUGGUACCGGAGGCCAAUAUGGAAGAAGAACUAGAACAGUUCUUUAGCUGAGCACAAGCUCGUCAGACAUUAUGCCACGUCCUUUUAGAUUAUCAGAAAAGAAAUACACUCAUCACAGUGGUGUCUAUCGUUAUUUCUCAUUCCGUGGAGAGACAUGAUCGGUUCUGGCUAGGGGGGGGGGGGGGGCGUUGAACACCCUGAGCUAUGACUUCUGGACAAAGCUAAAUGCUGAUGGCGUUGAGUAAUGUAGCAAGACUUCUUUUGGUUUUUCGUUUAUUUCCGUUUUCAUUUUACGUGGUGCUCACGAGGCGUACGAGUCGCAGUAAGCUACAAACAUGCAUUACAGCACAGGAGAACGCAGCCAAGGAACAAAUAUCAGGCAAAACUGCUAAACCGCUCCUGUUUCCAGCUUCGAUUUGUCGAAGUCGUUGACCGUGUCUUCGUUUUAUUAUUUUGGAUCUUUUCCUCGAAUGCUACUUGUUGGUUGUGUCUCAAUCUGAUCCUCAGUUUAUUUGAAGUAUAUCAGCCUGUUCGCUCUUCGACAGCCCUCCACUUCAAUACUGCAAACAUCAUGGCAUAUGUUUUGUUUCUGAUCCAUUAUGGCUGCAUUAAGAAACGAUUUGUGUUGCAUUAAGCUGUUCCUUUUACUAUUAUUGCUGCUUUUUUUUCCGCUCUAACCAUACCUAAACCUUUUCCGUGAGCCUUCAGAAAAUAAAAAAAACGUCAAGCACUUGACUCGCCUAGGCUUGGAGAUCCUCUCUGAACUAGAGUCAUCUAUUUAACUUUUAGUUUUUUUCUUUUGCUGGAGCAAAAUGUAUCCUUUUUUUUUCAUUUUUAUUUUAUUUAUAAUGUUACUACUACUAUAUUUAAAAAGAAAUACGUGCAGGGUUUUUUAGUUUUUUUUCUUAACCGCCAGUUUUCACGAGUAUUGUAGGCGAUACAUUUGACACAGGACAGGUUGGACUUUUUGUACCAAAGUUUGUCCCAAGUAGGAAGGUCUACGAUUUAACGUCAGUGCCAGUAAUCGCGCACCCCAAACUCACGCUGACUGUACUCCUUUUUUUUUUUUUUUGCAUUUAACUCCAUAAAUAUUAGACGAUAUUUACGACUACACCGUCUCGAGUACCUCAUGUUAACUACUGCCUGCAUAGGUCUGUGAAAUGAUCAUGUUUUGAAUGGGUACAUGUAGACAUGUUUCGUCGUAUAUCAAUGUUACUUGAAAUCGUGAUUUAUAUCUAGUCAAUGGCAUGUGCCCUUUGAAUGCUUUAGCCUGCCUAGCAAGAGGGGAGUUCGUUUUUUCCAUUAUUUUUUUUUCUUGAAAAAUCUUACAAAAUAUUUACUAUAGGAUUCCAAUUGCGCUUUGGAGUUUCUUUUCAUCUUUUUUUUUUCUCUCCUUGGUCAUUGUGCUUUUCCCUCGUUAUGUAGAAGGAACUUGCCUACCUAAGUUGGUGCUGAUUAGGUGCUAAUUUUGAAGGAUGUUUUUCUUUUUUUCAUUCUUUUUUUUUUUUCCCUCAUGAUUUCAAGGGGAGGGGGGAGUGCAUGGUGGGAUAUCUGCCUCAGAUGCUCUGAUUGUAAUGUAUCAAAUUUUGGUGUUUUGUCCAGAUUUAUUCAGUAAAUAAAUUGUGAACUGCA